AUUAGUAUCAAUUUUUCAUUAAUUAAAGACGGUCAAAGGAUGGGUAGAAAUUUCAAAAGAGUGAGUCUAUAUAAGAUAGAAAGUCACUAGUUCAGAGCACUUUCGAGUACACAACAAAGGCUCCCUCUCUCUCUUCACUCUCGCUCUCCUUUUCCACUUGGAUCCAUGGCCAAGCAAGUUUUCAUCUUCUUCCUCAUCGCCCUAUUGUCAUCCUGUUUCCAAAUUAAUGCCAGAGAAAGCCAUUUCUUCAACAAAGUCUCCAGUAGCAAUGCUGUCAACAGCGAAGCCCAGCAGGCAACCCCUGUUCCACAAAAGCAAGAACCAACUUUCACCGUAGAGAAUGAAAACAGCUAUGGCCUUUUCAGUCAUGAGGCCGGCCAGCUUCCUCCUUCCGCCACCACCGCUACCACCUUCGACCACCAGCAAGCCCACACCACCCCCACCCAAAUCUCGGAGGAUAUUCCGAACAAGAAAUAUCUUCCCAAGAACUACAACACUGUUGCCUAUAUUACUGUAGCCGAAGACCGCACUUAUGAGGCCGCCGAUAACAGUCAGAAGACAGGCGACAAAGAAUCGAACUUUCACACCGAAGACACAAAUUUGUUGAGCACCACAGAACCCAUUGGCCGAAAAGAAUCAAGCAUGCCCGAUGGCACGAUGUUCGACGACAAGGAGUUCACUCCGGCUACCGCUGCCGAUAACUACCAGGAGUCCACCACCGCGUCUGCCGGCGGCGGCAACAUUAACAACUACCUCGACAACCAAGAAUCAAGCGUGCCCGAAGACAAAUUCACGGAGAGUGAUUUUCACAACCAGCAGGAGGAACAACCCUUCCCCGGGGAAAGUUACUCGAAAUACAAAGGUAAAGGCACUGGUGCAAACUGGGUUCAGCAGCAGGGGAUGAGUGACACGAGAUUCUUGGAAAACGGGAAAUACUACUACGAUGUCAACACAGAGAAAUCCGUGAGAAGCCCAUUUGAAAAUUCAAAAAGCUUUGCUGCUGGUAGUUCAAGAAACCAGUUCAAGAACAACAACUUCAUGGAGAACAACUUCCAGGAUGCUGAUGAGUUCCCAGAUGAAGAGGAAAUGCAUUGAGAUCUGUUUUUCUUUUCUUUCGUCUUUUCCUUUUCAGAUCUGAAAAAUGAAAGACUAUUAUGUACGAGUAUGUGAAAGUCCCAAAGUUUCCAAAGCAAACUCGGUGCUUUUGUUCUGUGUUUAGCCGUUUAGGGGAUAUUGAUCGUUAUUAUAAUAUAUUAUUAUAAUAUGUGAUUAUUAUUAUUAUAGAAAUUGCUCUUAUUAUUAGGUAAAAAAAAGGACUUGAGUGUGGUUUGUCCAUUCUUCAUAGUCAAUAUCCGGUUGUUGAAUUAGGUGCGUAGUCUCGUGGUGUGGUUUUGACUUUUGUAUUUGGUGUGGUUAAGUAACAAACAUUUCACCGUACCGCAAAA